AUGCCUAACGAGGGUGUUAAGGUUGAUCCUCAGAAAAUUUCGUCUGUUAAGGACUGGCUGAGACCCACAAGUGCGACGGGUAUUCAUAACUUCUUGGGUUUGGAAAGUUAUGACCAGAAGUUCGUGGAAGGUUUCUCAUCUAUAGCCGCACCACUGACGAACCUAACUCAAAAGACUGCUAAGUUCCAAUGGCCGGAAGCUUGUGAAAAGAUCUUUCAAGAGCUUAAGAGGAGAUGGUUAGAGUUGUUUAAAGAUUACGACUUGAACAUCUUGAAUCAUCCUGGUAAAGUGAAUGUUGCUGCUGAUGCUUUUAGCCUGAAGUCUAUGGGUACGUUAGCAUAUUUGCAUGCUCAGGAUAUGCCGAUAGGCAGGGAAAUUCAAAGACUUGCUAGACUUGGAGUUCAACUCAAUGAAACUGAGGAUGGGGAGUUAGUGGGAAUCCCGCAAGCACGGUCUGAUAUUGUGGAAAGAAUUAAGUCCAAGCAAUAUAAAGAUGGACUUCUGGUGAAACUGUGA